AUGCCCAUAUGCCUUGGUCGUAUACUGCCCAUAUCUCGGAGCCUGCGUUCUGGAAAGCUGCGAGUAGAAUUGCUUUGGGGAUCACGCUUUUAUUUACAUGAUGCGAGGGGUGUGUCCACAGCCGGCACUCGAUGUUUCUCAAAGUGCGCCAGAGCAGAUGGGACGAAUUUCGAGAAGACGCCAAAGAAGAUCCUUACAAAGAAAGAACAAUCAGGAGUUUCGAGUGCUUCUCAGAGACCAUUGCUAUCCUCAACAAAGACCGGCGAUCAAGCAGCAUGGCUCGAAGCACUGGAACCAUUUUUAUUGCCACAAUUCCGCACCUCCUCGUGCGAGGGCGAUAAAUCAAACCUGAGUACAAAAGAAAAAUGUGAGGCAGUCACAAAUAUUCUUGCGGAGGCUCGUGGAACCAACUCUGCAGUCGAUGUUCUUGCUGAGCUUGGCCUCAAGCACAGACGUUGGCCUGCGGUCCAGUCAGUCGUAAAAAUCUUGAUCGAGGAUGCCACUUCUCGCAUCAAGAAUGACCCUCUGGCUGGACUGCCUUCGAAUCUGGGUUGGCCCACCUCGAUAUCUCUUGAAGACGUGGUGUUUGGGCCGAUCGAAUUGGAACCAACAACUAGUUUCGAUACCGCAAGCUCGACCCUCUGGGACGAUCUCCAUUUUGAUCCCCGUUACACAGACGCGAUGUCUACAGAGAACUGUACUGCUGUCGAACAGAUAUGGAUGUCAUUAGGAUCUAUCAUCCUUAAAGCAGCCGAACUGCCACCCGUACAAUCUCAAGAAGCCAUGAAGAACGUUUAUCAAAUUAUUGCUCUGCUCCACAACUCCGAUCUUGUGCCUGAGCACGUUUAUUCUUAUAUCAAUAGCAGCUACGACUCUGCCGUACGCCGGCCGCCCAUCGUGCACGUCCUCUCCUCCAGACUGUUGACCACUCUAUCUGAUGCGGUUUGGCGUGCUCACUCGGACGAAGUCAUUGCCCAAGCCGCUAGUGCAGGGGCAACUUAUAAAGAUCUUGGUCAUGAUCCCCCUGGGGGUCGUUUUAGGCUUAAAGUCAAAGAACUUGGCCCCGAGGUGUGGCUGGAAUUCAUCCUCUGGUGUUGUGCUGACGGCGGAUUUGCUAGAGCUGGCUCUUGGAUAGUCGAGCGCAUGCGUACAUGGAACACUGAAUCACCAUGGUUCGCUGUUCAGUGGAUGUCUGGUUCAGGGAGUGCAUCGCCCAAGGCAUCUGUCGAUUGGAAUAGAGUGAAACUUCGUCACGGCGGGGCUGUUGGACUGACCGAGGGUUACAGCACUGAAAAACCGUUUGCUGAGAUGGAGAGCCGCACUAUAUCCGUUGAAGUUGUGCUCGCACUGGUUGAAGCCUCGCUCAACUGUAGAAGUGCGGAUAUGCAUGAUAGAGGCUGUACGCAGGAGACUGCGUUGGCCUCGAUAACCAAAUUACUCACAUUUCUUGAGCCUCAUAGUCUACCAGACAAAUACUUUGACUAUCUUACAGUGCGAUUAUUGCAACCAUCCUUCUUUGAGUUUGAGAAAGACCCGAAAGUACUGCAGAUGCUUGUGAACAGACUCAAGUACAUACGGUCACUUGAAAGUACCCGCAAAGCAGCUGGCUAUCUUCCUUCGCUUGAUGUUGACUCUGUGUUGGGUCAAUCGGAAGUAUUCGCCGGUAUCCUCCAUCAAACAUUGGAAAACUUCGCUCUCGCUGGUCGAACUGGUCGAACUGUUGAAACGUUUACCGAGAUACUGGAGUUGAUUGACCAGAGUAAAUUACGGUCCAUCAGUUCAUUUCUCCAUACCACUUGGCGGCAAGAUGAGGGCUUCUUUUCGCCUCGAAGAUUCGCCUUUGGUGAAGAGUACACCUCGUCUCACGGACAAUUACCAGCACAGAAGCUUGCCCCACUUCUGGAUUCUAUAACCGAUGCUGGAAUGACAGAAUUGGGCCAGUGGCUGGUUUACUCCAUGGAUGUGGACGGGCCUCUGAUCCCUCUAAACCUCUACAGUCGAUCCUCCCUGAGCCCUUCUCUGCUUCGCUUUGCUACAGCAACAGAAGACCAUAUUUUACUGCGAGACGUGGUAGACGCUGUAAUGCAAAAGCCCCGAAAACCUCCUGUCAGCUACUUGCGAAGUCUCACAGACUCAAACUUGCUACGUGGACAUUUCGAUGAAGCAGGUGACGCACUUGCAGCUCUGACAGAAGCAAAAGGUGGAGGCAAUAGCUUGGAUAAUAUCGCAACCACAAUGGCCGCACUGAUCAGAAUCGAAUCAUUUGCCGAACAUACAUGGAAGGAGCGUAGAGCCCGACAUCUGUCACCAGGUCUUUCCCUACUAGACUGGCUCUUGAAAGGUGAUUUUCGAGGAAUACCCGGGGAUUUCAGAAGAGAUCAGAUCAAAAAUCAUCGUCGCGGCUUAGCUAGCCUCCUUCGUGUGGUGGAGGCCAUCCCAGAAACUCUUCUCUCACGUGCUGCCCGGUCAUGGAUUCUAAAUUUUGCAGACAGCAACGUCGUGGGUCUUCACUCGCGAGUCUUUGAUACUGUGCUAUCUGCGGUAGUCGAGACGAGAGGAGCAAGAGUUGGCAUGAUAUUGUGGGAUUUAUUUUGUGAGGAGCCCACUUCGGAAACUGAAAAUGACCGAUACUGGUUUGAUGCCGGCGAGAUGAAGUUGGUAUCGACCCCAAGCGGACUCGAAAUCCAACCACAGGAGUCUUCUCUGCCAGGUUACAAAAUCCGGACACCAAACAAAAUGCUGCCUGUCAAGGUUGAGAGGUCUAAACCAGCAGCCACUACAGAUGCUGCAAUAAGCAUGGACGAUAUUAACGGAUCUGCAAGCUUUGACGAUGCUUUUGGUCUUGACCGACUCAACACUGAAAGCCAUGCAGCUGUUGCAGGUGGUCAAGCUGACAAUGGGGAGACCAAGCUGGACGACAACAUAUCGCGCUCUUCCAGCCCUUGGGUUGACGUAGGCAAAUCCGAACAACCUUUUCAGCCGUCUAAUAACAAGUCAACCGCGCUCAAAGAAGACUCCUAUAUGUCGUUACAGAAGCCUCCAAACGCAGAUAUCACCAUGCCUCUACUAGCAUUCAAAGACAUGGUCAGCGAGACCUCCUCCCCUGACUCCUCGGACGAUGAUGACGUCGUGACUCUCGAAUCCUCUCCUUCUCACGUGAGCCCCGUGGUCAGACCAACAUUCCGUACCCUCCGCAUCAUCAUUCACGGUGCCCUCCAAGAGCUCGAGGCCGCCAAGGCUCUCUGGUACAGCGAGGACGUCGAGAAUCCCCACCUCAACACCUCCGAAGCCCCCGCGAAAGCCAAUAUGCGCGCCCUUGAGACAGCGAUGACCAACAUUGAACUCGUCGAGCAGUGGGCCAAACCUCUGUUCCGUAAGUUCGGGCUCACGGACGAGGAUGUCGCUGUCGAAUUUGGUUGGAAGAUCGGCGACAACAAGGAGAAGGAUGGUCUCAAUAUUUUCUCAACCGCGCAGCUGAAGAAGAAGUAUGCGGCCGCAAAGACGGAGUACGAGCUCGCUAAGAUGGGCAUGUUGGCGGAUCUUUCCAAGGUCAAUGUCAGGAAGUCUUUUCUUGCGGGGCCGAUUAGGAAGACCGAAAUGAAAGUGCAUAAGUAUACGAAGAGGGAACUGGCAUUCUUUUUCAAUAAGAAGGCCAAGAACGAUGGGAAGUCCAUUGCUGGAAAUUUCCCUAAAGAGGACUUUACCACCAAGAAUCCCAGCGUUGAGGAUCUUGGUAAUAAGCCACCCAGCGAGAAGUCUUGA